GGUGCGACAGAGAUGACUCUGACGAACAAAGCCUAGACUCGACCACCCUGUCACUGGAACUGCAGCCUUGUGACACAGGACAUCAAAAGGUGUGCUUGCGAAUAAAUGCUGUAAGAUCUGGAAGAGAGCUGCAGGAACACACAAACGUGCAGAGAAGCUCACAGUGGUCAGUACAAGGGUCAACAACGCUACUGUCUGCUGCAAGGGAUCCAGAUUUUUUUUGCCUACGGACCCCAAUUUCAAUUAACCUUUGGAUUAAGGCAUUUACAGAUCAUAAAUAUUUUAUCUUACUCUUACAUCAGCUCAUCUAUAGACAACCCCAGAGGGCAUACAACAGAAAUCUGCAGAUUGCUUUUCCCAUGGCGAGCAUUUGGGUCUCUCAGCUGGGAACCAUCUGCAACUCCAAGACUUUGCUCUUGCUGUUUUCCAUCCUGCUACUCCACUGGCCACUCUGUGGACAGAGCAGCCCAAUCUCCAAUACCCAUCAGAGGUAUCGCCCCGCUCCUGGGCUGGGAGACGGGCAUGGGGGGGUGGUGGAUCCAUCACUGCUUGAGCAGGACAACAACAUGAACAUGCAGAGCCUGCUGGAGAGCCUAAAGGAACAGUUUCUGCGGACUUUCAACCUGUCUGGCUUGGGUCCUCCUCACCUGGCCCCUGGGAGCGCACGAGAGGAGCCGCCUGAGUACAUGAUGGAGCUUUACAACCGUUUUGCUAAUGACCACACUGCCAUGCCCACUGCCAACAUCAUCCGCAGCUUCAAAAAUGAAGAUUCAUCUCCCAGUGUUGUGGGCGUUGGAGGAGUAAGGCGUCACCCACUCCUCUUCAAUGUGUCAGUUCCCCAUCAUGAACGUGUCACAGCAGCCGAGCUUCGCCUCUACACCCUUGUCCAGACUGACCGCCACCUCUAUGCUGGUGUCGACCGCAAGGUCACGGUCUACGAACUGGAGUUGCAGGUUGGAGACGACAAUGUGACUGAUGAGAACACCAUGAGAGGUGAUGGAUUCAGAGGGGGAGAAGAGCGGAUAGAGCUAGUGGAGUUGGCUUCACGUCAGGUCUACGGCACAGAUAAUGGCUGGGAGGCCUUUGACCUCACUGCUGCUGUUCAACGCUGGCGCAGAUCUGACCGUGGCACCACGCACCAGUUGGAGGUACACAUUGCCAGCAUAGCUGAUGAAGAUAACGUUCAAAGUAUGAUGAAGGACAACAAAGACAGGAAUCCACCUGAAGGGGACAUGAAGAUUGACACCAGCCCGGAAGAAAAACACAAACCUCUGCUUAUUGUUUUUUCCGAUGACCAAAGUAGCGAUCACCGUGAUGACAAACGCGAGCUGAACGAGAUGAUUGACCAUGAAACCUCUAACAUGGUUCUCCAGAAUGACUUGGGGACGGGCCUGAAUGGGCUGUGGGGGGAGCUGGGGAGGGACAGGGAUGAGAGAGAUGAAGAAGCAGAGCCAGAUGAAGAGGACCUCAUUCAAAUGCGCUCCAAUCUGAUCUACGACACAGCAUCCCGCAUUCGGCGCAAUGCCAAGGGAAACCACUGCAAGAAACAAUCUCUGUAUGUAGAGUUCAAGGACAUCGGAUGGGACAGUUGGAUCCUGGCACCCACUGGUUACGAUGCCUUUGAGUGCACUGGCAUUUGUUCCUUCCCGCUGACGAAGCAUGUCACACCCACCAAGCAUGCCAUUGUCCAGACAUUGAUCAACAUCAACAGUCCUCAGAAGGCGGCACGAGCUUGUUGCGUGCCCACCAAGCUGGACCCCAUCUCUCUGCUGUACUUGGAUGAUACAGGCGUGGUCACCUACAAGUACAAGUUUGAAGGCAUGGUGGUGGCUGAGUGUGGCUGCAGAUAGUCCAUGCUUUCAGAGAGUUUAACUCUUCGUAAAGUCUUACAACAAGAGAAAAGACAAAGAACUGCAAAUAAGCUAACAAAGGAGGUUAGCCAAAGCUGUCUUCAACAAAGGGGCAAUCAUUGGAAUCUCUGUAAGGGUAAUUCAGUGAGACUGGAAGUGCACAUUAACUAUUCAUGAAACUAUGUGUUCUUCAAAUUAAUGACUGUGGACUAAUAUAUGUUUUAAACCACAAAACAGAAAUAAGUUCUCCAUUUAAAGGCAUCAAAAUCAGUUGCCAUCAUUCAGACAGUGGAAAUGCUGCAGAUCUACAGUCAACAUGUUGCCAGUAUUGACGCCAAAUUUUCCAAAAGGACAGACCCCAAAACAUCCUACGGCGUGUGCGGCCUGGUGGGAACCAGUGGGCCAGUUGUCCCCCUCCCUCUCCUUCCCUCUGACAUCUGUCUUCCUCUCCACUUAUCUCUGGCCUCCCCCUCUCAAUGCGAACACUAAUCAGCACUUCAUGUGUUCUGAAGCUGUGAAAUGACCACCCCCCCCUCCAAUGAGGCAACCUGACAAGACAUGAACUCUCCAGGCCGACCUCUUGCCUCCUGCAGCCUCCUGAUACGUAGGCGCUGUGCUGGGGUCCUAGUGGCAGGGUUAUCAAUCUCAACCUUGUUUCCUACUUCACAUGCCUCUUUUCCACUCCCCCAAGCUACAGCGAUAGCAAGGUGUGGGGGAUUGAGAAACAUGUAUGCCACCACUCAGGCUUGGAGAACUGGACGCUGUUUUGGGCAACAUUUGAGGUGGUGGGAUGGGGGAGUGGGACAGGACGCUGGGGGCAGGGGUUGUCCACAUUCCUGGGCAAUAAACAAUCUUAACUGGCUCAACUCACUGACCUAGUAGCAUGUGCCCCUAACAUAUCUCCAACUCAGUUGAGUCAUCCAUCACUUUUAUGGUAAGAAUGACCUUUUUGGACAGUUAUUACCUGACGGCCAAACUUGAGAGUGGAAAAGGAGGCACCUUGUCACAUUGUCUUUAUGGAUACCCAAAGGAAAUACAGUCACAGAAAUACAGUUUCUUUGUUUAAAAGCCCUUUGAUACCUCUGCUGCUUGUGUCAAAUAAGAGACUAUUUAUUGUUUUAAUUUAUUGAUUUCUACAACAGAGUAGAUAACUAUAUAUGUACAUGUGUAAGUUACUUGGUGUAAAGCUGGUUGUGUAUCCAUGACAAUGCAUUCGCAGCACAAAACUAACUAUGUUGGGAAGAGAAAUGGCAAUGAUUUCUAAAACAAUAAAGAACAAUUAUU